AUGACUCGCCGCACGAGCACCGUCGAGGCGUUCGACUUCGCGCUGCAACAGCCCGAGGCAUUUUUCGCGUUCUUCCGGAUCCGUCAGGCGCUCAUCUCGCAGGGUCUCGAUAAACAUUCGAAUCGACGUCAACGGCGUCCGCAGUUCGUGGCGAAACACUCGACACGAAGUCGUUCUGCACGCGAGCGAGCGACGCCCCUCGUGACACGAAGAUGGGACCCGAGAAUGUAUCCAGUUAGCGACGUCGUGCAGAACGCGAGCAGGAGGACCCCGGCCACCACAUUGGCGGAACCGCUCCCCACGGCGAGCAUAACGAUGCCCAGCGCCGUCAUGAGGACCGUUGGCACCAGGGUCGCCAGCAUCAGCGCCCGGCGGGUGACGAAGAACAGCCUCACCGUGACGGACAACCGGACCGGACAGACCUACGAGCUCCCGAUCGAUCGCGGCGCCAUCCGCGCGUCGGACAUCAAUCGGAUCCGUGUCGACGAAGAGGACGUUGGGCUUCGUAGCUACGACCCCGGCUUCGCCAACACUGCGUCGUGCAAAAGUUCGAUCACGUACAUCGACGGCGAAAAGGCUGCUUCGUUACGCGGCUAUCCGAUCGACGAGCUCGCCGAGAAGAGUGACUUCCUCGAGGUGGCUUACCUCAUCGUGAAGGGGGAGCUGCCGGACACCGAGCGCCUCGCGAUGUGGAAACACAACAUCACCGUCCACACGAUGGUGCACGAGAACAUCAAGAUCUUCAUGGAAGGCUUCCGUUACGACGCGCACCCGAUGGGCGUGUUCGUCAGCACGAUGGGCGCCCUCUCGACCUUCUACCCCGAAGCCAACGACAUCUUCGACGUAGAGAACCGUCGACUCCAGACCCGCCGUUUGAUCGGCAAGGUUCCGACGAUCGCCGCGUUCGCUUAUCGCCGCGCGAACGGCCUGCCGUACGUGUACCACAACGACCUCACGUAUCCUGGCAACUUCCUGUCGAUGAUGUUUAAGAUGAACGAGCGGAAGUUCACGCCGAACCCGAUCAUCGAGCGGGCGCUCGAAGUGCUGUUCAUCCUUCACGCUGACCACGAGCAAAACUGCUCCACGAACGCCAUGCGAUGCGUCGGCAGCUCUCGGGUCGACCCGUACUCCGCCGCCGCUGCGGCCGCCGCCGCGCUCUACGGGCCGCUUCACGGCGGUGCGAACGAGGCCGUGCUGAAGAUGCUUCAGGAGAUCGGCAGCGUCGCCAAAAUCCCCGCGUUACAUCGAACGCGUCAAUCCGGCGAUGUUCGCCUCAUGGGUUUCGGUCACCGCGUCUACAAAAGCUACGACCCGCGCGCGGCGAUCAUCAAAGACCUCGCGCACAAGGUCUUCGACGUAACGGGUAACGGAGACAUGAUCGACAUCGCCCUCGAACUCGAACGCAUCGCCCUCGAAGACGACUACUUCGUUUCGCGGCGCCUCUACCCCAACGUCGACUUCUACUCGGGGCUCAUCUACCGCGCGAUUGGCAUUCCCGAGCGCAUGUCCCGGUGAUGUUCGCCCAUCCCACGCAUGGCCGGAUGGAUCGCGCACUGGGCCGAACUCGUGCGCGACGACGAGCAGCGCAUCGCUCGCCCUCGCCAGCUCUAUCUUGGCCGCAACCGAACGCGGAUACAUCCCGCUUCGACAGCGUCCCCCGAACGACCACGACGAAGGCAAACAAGAUGCCCGCUCGCCUCGAAUGUCCACCCGAAAAAUAGCCCGACCGCGCCCGCGAAGAACGGCCAGGCGAUCAUUCGUUUUUCCAUCGGCCAGUGCACCAGGCCGAAGAUCAGCGUCGAACCGAAUAGACCGAAGGCUAGAGAACAGCGCGAGAAGGAACGCCUCGGGCCAGGACACAUCACCGAGCACGCGUUGAAACGCACCCGAGAGGUCUUGCAUCACUUCGAAUCGUUGCUCGGCCCAGUCGCCAGCGAGCACGACGACCAAGCCAAACAGGAGGCCAACGCCGCCCCAUUCGACGACGCUUUCUAA